AGGCAAGUGAAUUCAGAAACAGACUGCAGACUAACAGAGUAACUAACUUGGUUGAGUUUAACUGAAUAAUUUAUUUCAAAGAUGGCUCAUUGUAAACUGUUUGUUGUUGCAACAAUGGCAUUGCUUCUAACUUUCAACCUGUUCAGUGAACAAGUAUCAGCACAAUAUCAAGACUGUUGCAUGUCUUAUUCCAAAAAAGCAUUGCCAUGCCCCAGGAUUCGGGGAUACUCAAUACAGUCUGUCAAGGAUCUGUGCAACAUUGAAGCAGUAGUUUUUCACACCAUUAGAGGAAAGAAUAUAUGCGCAGAUCCUUCUCAGGAAUGGGUGAUGGACCGAAUCGCAUGCCUUAAUAACAGGGUGAAGAGAAUGGCCUAAAACAGAAGCCCAAGACUCCUGCUGCCAAGCAAAAAAGAAGAAAAGUUAUUUAAAUUAAGAUGUAACUGUAUUUGAUGUUUAUGAGUUUGAUAUAAAUGCUUUACAAUGUUAAAAAAAAAAAACAUUGUAUGAAGGAAAUGUGUAACAAUACCUUACAUUGCUAAGGUUUAAAAUGUUGAGUAUAAUUUGUGCUAUAUUUAUACACAUGAGAUGUGUGUGGAUAUUCAAAUUGAAAACCCUUAUUUAUUGUGCUGUGUAAAUGUGAAAAGGGAACUUCAUUUUAAAAAUCUGAAUUAUUUAUAUUAUUAUUUAUAUUACUAAAUUGUAUGAGUUUUUUUUCAGUGGCUGUGUUGGAAGAAAUAUUUAUCUGUUAUUGUCUCAUAAAGCAUGUUGCUUUGUUUAACAAAAUACGUGAAGUUUUGAAAACUUAAAAAGUCUGUAUUCGGUGGUUUGUAUCCACUAUUGUGGAAUGAAUAUCUGCUGUGCAGUACCAAUUUCCUGUUGAAUUCAUUGUCAUCCUA